ACAUAGGUACUUAUGUGAGACGUGAGACAUUGUUUACAAUUUAUCGAAAGAGUAAUUCGAAAUUAUCCAAACUUUUUUAUUGUUCCUUUAUGUGUAAAAGCUAUAAACGUGACACUGGCGGAAUUGAGUAAACGCAAAUAGGCCAUGAAAUAAAAGAAGGAAGAAGUACUGUAAAAAGUUAAGUUGUGGAAACUAUAAAAAUGCCACGCCAGAUGUUUAUAUGCCAUUGGUGUAAUAAAACGUUUUCACAACGUAGUUAUAUUCAUAAGCAUAUGAAAAUAUGUGAUCCAAAUGAGAAAACAAACCGAUGUGAAGUGUGUAAUAUUAGAUAUCCGAAUAUGACAAGCCUCCGCAUACACAUAAGGAAAAAGCAUUUUGACUUCCAUUCUAAAUUGCUGCACUGCAGCCAGAAGGAAGGAGACAUGGAAACUAGCAGUCUGAAUAACUGCUUUAAAUGUCAUUGGUGUAAUGGAAUCUUUCUAAAGCGUAGGUACUUAGUUCUUCAUUUGAGAAAAUGUGAACCACAAAGAAACAAGAGAAUAAAGAUAUGGAGGGCAAAUUUAACUUGUCAGUAUUGUAAAACUGUACACGGAAACAGAGCAAGUUUAUUACGUCACAUUGCUAAUCUUCAUAGCAAUGAAAGUGAAAAAAGUAAAGAUAAGAAUGAAGAGGAAAAAACAAUCAAUAAUUCCAUUUCAAAACAAAAAGCAAUUGAGGAACUUGUCCCAAAAGAAAAAAUAACAACUACAUUAAAUAACAAUAACAAAGUACAUCCAAAGUCAUCUUUAAAAAAAUGCAAUGUGUGUAACAAAAUGUAUUCGAAUAUAAAGAGCCUCCUUUCACACAUACAGAAGAACCAUGCACUGCACAGCGAUCAGAAGGCAUCAGAUCAGAAGGCAGACAUGGAUACUAGUAGCUUAAACAACUACUUUAUAUGCCAUUGGUGUAAUGGAAAGUUUUUACAACGUAGGUACAUACUUGUACACGUGAAAAAAUGUGAUCCAAAGAAAAAUGCGAAAUUAGAAAAAUGGAGAGAAAGUCUUACUUGUGAAUAUUGUAAAAUUGUAUGUGGAAAUAGGAAAAAUUUAGCAUGUCAUAUUGCUAAUGUUCACGGCAAUGAAAGGGUAAAUAGCAAUGAUGUUGAAAUGGAAAAGCCAACUGCUAAUUCAGUUUUAAAACGACACUCAACCAAAGAGACUGACAUAGACGAAGAAAAAAAUGGUGAACCUACAAAAAAUGCACCCGCUAUAAACAAAAGUAACAGCAAAAAAGUACAGUCAAGUUCACCGUUAAAAAAAUGCGACGUGUGCAGCAAAACAUGUCCGAACAUGACUAGACUCCGCUUGCAUAUACGCAAAGAGCAUUUCAACCUGCAAGCUAAAAUACCAUACUGCAAUCAGAAGCGAGUGAAUCAGGUGUGGUUCGAGAAAGUUUUGAAUUGCAACAACAUCAUGGAGAUUAGGAAAACAGGUCCCAACACUUUGCUUAUGAGGAAAAUGGACGAGAAUACCGCUAUAAAAGUGUAUGAAAACCAUACUGCAAUCAUUGAUCUCUCUGACAUAUAUCCAACUAAACAUAAAUAACACAAUGAGUAGCUCGGUGGCGUAGUGGAUAAGCGCCGCGGCCCGCGAUCGUAGUCGUUAAGCAACUUUCGCAAGGGUCGGUCACGGGAUGGGUGACCGAAAAAUUAUUAUCUCGAGCUACUCCGCGCUUCGGAAGGCACGUUAAGCCGUUGGUCCCGGCUGCAUUUGCAGUCGUCAAUCCCCUCCAAUCCGCAUUGGGCCAGCGUGGAGGGUCAUGGCCCAUCCUCCUUAACCAUCCAUAAGGAAGGCCUGAGCCCCUGCAGUGGGGACGUAAAAGGGCUGGUGAUGUGAUAAAUAACACAUUUGAUCUUGAUUUACUGCACCGCAGAGAGCGAUUCUGAAAAAGAAAUACGAAUCCAUAUUCGGAUUCACUCGGUUCUCCAAUUUACAUCACUUCGUGGCAUAAGUGAAGGGAGUUUCGAAACUUUAUAGGGACAUAAUAUAUAAGACACGUAUGAAUCAAUCAAUCUUGUUUUGUAUUUUUAUACAAGAAAAUGGAAUCAAUAGUAUUUCUAUACUAUAUAUAAGUUAGGCGAAUUCUCUUUUGUAGUGAAUUUGGAUACUAGAGUGAAUUCGGGUUCGGAUUAUCUCGGAAUCGCUCUGCGUAAUUGUCAUAGUGAAUUUCUUGCUUUUAUCUGUUACCAUUGCACAAGUAUUAAUUACAGGUAUAUCUAAUAUCGGUUUUAAGACUAUUUGUAUAAUGUUGUCUAAAGACAACUUAAUUAAUUAGUUAACAUCAACGUAAACUGAUAUAUAGAGUUAUUUAUAAAGCUAACAAAACACUUAUAACGACAUUCUAUUACUUUUGAUAAUAGGGGAUUGGACAGCAAUCGGAU